GCGAGGCUGGGAGUUGCUGCUGCUGCUGCUGCCGCCCACGGGUGGAUCUGUGUGAAGACACACAGAGACACGCGCAAAAGUUUUAAGAGCAGCCGGGUGAUGAUGGCAGCGGAGGCCUCCCACCCCACUCCUCCUGCAGCUACUUCUGUCUCACCAGCGGCGACACAAAGAGAUCCCCAGUGAUCUCUCUUCUUCUUCUUCUUGCUUGGAGUUUCCAGCUUGCCAAAGAAGGCGGGGGGAGGAGGGGCGGCGGCGGAGGCGGCGGCAUAACUUCGCCGCUCGCCCUGUUGCAAAACAGAAGAUCCCGGCUGCUUUCCCUCUUUCUUUUCCCCUCCCCGCUGCUCAUUGCUCUUCUGCCUACUUGGAGCGAGGGAGGGAGGGAGAGAGAGAGAGAGGGGCGGGGAUAGAGGAUCAGGAUGACUGGAGUCUUUGACAGCCUUGCCUCAGAUAUGCAUUCAAACCAGAUUACCUCCGGCAGUUACCACCAGCACCACAGCUUGCACAAGCCCCAGGAAUCUCCCACCUUGCCAGUAUCCACAGCCACUGACAGCAGCUACUACACCAACCAACAGCAGCACGGAGGCGGAGGAGGAAGCGCAGGUAGCAACGGAAGCAGCGGGUCACCCUACGCACAGAUGGGUUCUUACCAGUAUCACCCGAGCGGCAUCAGCACGGUGCCUUACUCCACCAAAGCCGGCAGCUACGAUCUGGGAUACCCCGCUUCUUACAGCUCCUAUGCAGCCUAUGGGACAAGGACGUCCCCGGUCACCAAUGAUCCUGCAGAGAAAGAAGAGGGCGAACCCGAGAUCCGAAUAGUCAACGGGAAGCCAAAGAAAGUGCGGAAGCCAAGGACGAUCUAUUCCAGCUUCCAGCUGGCGGCCCUGCAGCGGCGCUUCCAGAAGACCCAAUAUCUGGCACUGCCGGAGAGAGCUGAGCUGGCAGCCUCCCUAGGCCUCACCCAAACUCAGGUGAAGAUCUGGUUCCAGAAUCGUAGGUCUAAGUUCAAGAAGAUGUGGAAAAGUGGCGAGAUCCCUGCAGACCAACAUCCUGGCAGCAGCUCAUCUCCGCCUUGCUCAUCCUCUCCGGCCUCAACCACUCUAGCCUGGGACUUUGCUCCCCACCCGCAGCGAAUGGUCAAUGGAGGCAGCGCCACCGGCAGCAGUGCGGGCUCCAGCCCCGGCACCCCAGGCGGAACGGCUGCUUUCCUCGGUAACUACUCGUGGUACCACCAGGCGUCCAGUGCCGCAGCUUCCCACUUGCAAGCUGCCUCCCCGAUCCUGCAGCAAGGGCAGUCUCACCAGCACCAUCCUCACCUUCAUCAUCACCACCACCACAGCGCGGCUGUCAGCGCAGGGACGAUUUUCUAACCUCCAUUAUGUUUGUGCAUGCCCAAGCGCGCACCCACCCCUACUCCCUAAGGGGAGAUGAUGGCGGGGGAGUCCCAUUCACUCAGCACUCCCAUCCCUGGCGGACAGAGGUACCCACCUUGGUGCUUUGUUGGAUGAAUCGCGCCUUUCCCCUCCCCCACCCCGCUCCCAGCUCCGGAGUGACUCAGCAGCUGGUCCUGACCGGUGGUACUUUAUAUACCCAGAUGGGAGAUGAGCCCUCCCUGAAGUUUGGACCUCAUCAGGGUCUGGUUACACUCCGGCACACACUUCAAAUCAGAACACCCCUUAUCCAGCCAGAGGCUUUGAAGUCCCUGGCAAUAUUCCCUCUGACAUAACAAUGGAAUCCGGGUAAAGCUGUGGUCAUAAACUUGUUCAAACAAAUACCUACAGGUUUUUCUUCCUCAAGGUUAUUUCCACCCACCCGCCUCCAUCUAUUCUUUUACACCCCCUUUUUUCCUACCCACCUUGGUCCCCCCCUUCUAUUCUUCAGUAAAUGCAACUGUUAAAAAAAAAAAAAGCACUCUUCUCCCAUUUCACAUCAAAUCACCAGUGCAGCGUUUCUUAUUUAAUUUUUUUUAUUUUUGUAAACGUUUUUAUAGGUGCCUUUGCAGAUGACCUCAUUUUGAUGUUGGGGAAAAAAAGAUUAAAUAAUUUUUAUAUGUAGAUAUUUAAAAUUAAAAAGAACCCAGCUGUGUUUAAAUUAUCUUUUUUUAAAUGUUUGCAGGACUUUUUCUUCACCAGGCAAAAUAAUAUGUUUGUAAUAAAGCUGUUUUGUGCUGAUUUCUCCCCCCUUCUUUAUGUAAAAAAAAAAGAAAGAAAGAAUGGGAGUUCAUUGGACAACCUGUAUCUGUUUAUGUUUGUGAACCGAGAUCUGUUAAUGCCAUAAUUUUAUCCUCUUUCUCUCUGGGCAGCUUCCAUACUCUUUAUUAUUCUGUUUGAUAUCUUUUUUCUCUCUUCACUGUCAUAAAGAAUAAGCUACUGAGUUUUUCCCGGUUUGUCGUUAAACCCUUUAAAACAUAAAAAA